AUGGACUCCCAAAACAUGAGCUACCAAGCAGGACAAGCCAAGGGCCAAGCUCAGGAAAAGGUUAGCACCUUGAUGGACAAGGUUAGCAAUGCUGCUGAGUCUGCUCAAGAAUCCAUGCAAGAGGCCGGGCAGCAAAUGAAGGCUAAAGUACAAGAAGCUGCUGAUGCCGUGAAGAAUGCAACAGGGAUGAACAAGUAG